UCUUUGCCAUAGGAUGCACUCCCUUGGCGAAGCAAUCUUGAUGCUGUUUCACGGUCCACUCUGCAAUGACGAGAAGACAUAUCCAAACCAGAGACGUAGAAGUGACGGCCCAGAAUUGCAUGGAAUGGCGCAGGAUGGUCCACAAGAGACGUUGCCUUGAUGCAGACCACUUGACACAACGAUGAAGAGACCUUAUCAAGUAUCAAACCCACCAUGUCCAACCCUUUGAAAGUUGUGCUGUUCCUUGGCUCGGUGCGAGAAGGCAGGCUGGGCCUGAGGGUCGCCAAGUUCAUGUUCAACCAGCUGAAGAAGAAGGGCUAUGAGGUUUCCUUCUUUGAUCCUGUUGAGAUGCCGUUUACUCUCCUCCACAAACCCAUCUUCAUGUACAGAGACAAGGCAGAGAUCCCAGCCUGGCUCAAGACAGCAGAUGAACAGAUCCGAGCGGCGGAUGCAUAUGUGGUGGUGUCUGCAGAGUACAACCAUUCCAUUCCUCCUGCCCUGUCCAACAUGUUAGACCACUUUGGAGGCUCUGCCUACGCCUUCAAACCUUCUGGUAUCGUCACCUACUCAGCUGGUCAGUAUGGUGGGAUGCGAGCAGCAAUGCAGCUGAGGGCUAUGUUAGGGGAACUGGGGAUGCUGAGUGUCUCCAACAUAUUUGGUGUUCCUGUGGCACAGAAAAGCCUUUCGGAGGACGGAGAACCGCUCAACGAACACAUGGAGCGCGGCGCCGACCGCCUGAUCUCCCAGCUGGACUGGUACGCUAACGCCCUCCGCAACCACCGCAACACGGCGGGGAUUCCGUCCUAAACAAAAUCACUUUUACCCAAUUAUAGUAACCGCCAAUGUGCUUUAAAUGUAUGCCCAGGUAUAGACAAUCAAUUGAUAUGGAUUACAAUCAGACACUGUCACAGACAUGUCAAAGUUAACACAAUUUCAUAACUUUUAAACUAUUUUUAGCUGUCUGUAUUUGCAUAUAUGGUGUCUGUUAUGCAUGAAUGUGGUAUUUUCGUAACGUUAAUUGAUGAGUAUUAAUGCUGGUGAGAAUUUCCUGCACUCAGGUAAACUACCUUUGCUGAGUUUUGGUUGUAUUUUUAAACUAAAGGCAAUGUUAUUUUGAUAUUGGUAGAUUACAUCUACUUCAUCAUUUUUCUAUUCACCAUGUGAUAUUCCUGAGUAAAAAAAAAUAAAACUACA